GGUGGGGAAGGCAGCCAUACACUUCUUCCAUUAUUUCUACUUUAUACCCAUUUUGCCCCUCGCCCCCCCUUAUCUCUCUCCUCUCUCUCUCUCUCUCUUUCUCUCUCACACCAAUAUUUUCACGGUUUCUGUCUCUGGAGAUAGAGAGAGAAGAAGAAGAAGAGCAGCGAGUUGAGUUGAGGUGAGUUAGUUUUUGUGAGUAGGUAGAGGGUGAGUUGAAUCGGUAGGUCUGGCCGGGUUAAGGAGCAUAGCGAUUCCACUCAGUAGAGGUAGGAGGAAAGGGAGGAGAAAAGUGAAGCAGGUUAAAGAGAGUUUCAUGGAGUUCUGGAAUAAUAUGAUUUUUCCUGUUCGCCGUGUUUGGCUUGCUCUUUCUUCUCGAGUUAAUUACUCUCCUAAAUCUGGUGGUGGGCUAUUGAAGCUUCGUGAUGAUGUGCAAACAUGUGGAUAUGAGGAUGUGCAGGUGAUGUGGGAGAUGCUGAGAAGAUCAGAAACAGAGGUAAUAGAUCAGCCUCCAAAGCGCAAGCAUCGACAAUUUUGGAGGGUCUUUGUGUGGUCCUCUAACCAUACCUCUUCUACUACAACUACUACUACUACUACUACUCCUCAUGAAUCCUCAACAUUCUCUAAAAUAAGGCAUGACUAAUACUUGGGGGGGAAAAACUACAAUAAUCACAAAUAAUUCGGCAAAAGUGUUUUUUACAACCCAACAAUGACAUUCAAUAUGUGAUUUGGCACAGUACAGAUCUGCUUUUUCGCAGGUGUGCCAAUUGAUGGUAUAUGAUCAAAGUUGUAGUUGUAAGUAGAAAAUGUUUGGCCAAAAAAUGCCAAAAUUUGUAAAUAUAAUAAUGUUUUUUUUCCCUAAAAAAAAAAACAUCCAUGUACAAGCAGGUAACUUCAAAAGAGCCUCCCAAGAGAGAGAGAGGGCGCUCAUUUUUGCUCAA